CACCAUUCUCAAAUUCAUGACUGCGCAUUUCUCACCUUGCCCAGAAUGGAAAAAAGCAGCCUCCGAGACUCAUGUGGACUAGUUAAUGAGGGACGAUAAACCAGAUGUUUUUUCCCAUCUGUGUGAGCUGUGCUGCACGCGCCGACCUGAAGAACAACACCGUGUCAGGGCUGCCGCUGCUGCCUUUGUUGUUGUUGCUGCUGCUGCUGCUUACGCCCCCCAGCUACGACCAACAUGGCUGAGGACGACAGUGAAUGGGUUUUAGAAAGCAUCGUUGGCUACCUUGGAAGUCCCGAAUGGGUCGUUCCUGUAACGGACUUUUUGGAAAACAAAUGCACAGUUUUUGACGACGAAGAUGAGAAUAAGUUGGCAUACACAGAAAUCCACGAGCAGUAUAAGAAAUUGGUGGAGAAGCUGUUGGAGAAUUACAUGCAGGAGGUUGGCAUCAACGAGCAGCAGUUUUUGGAUGCGUGUACUUCUCCCUUUGCCAAGUCUAAAGCUCUGGAGGCAGUAUUCCAGCCAGUUCUGGCUACAGAUGACUUCCAGAUGUUUCGCUCAUUGAUGGUCCACAAGAACAUGGAGCUGCAGCUCCAAGCCCUCAGGGUCAUUAAAGAAAGGAAUGGGGCCCUCCCAGAGUGUCUGACUGAUGGUGUGGACGUCAUGACGGAGUUGCAACAGGAAGAGAUGAAAAUCCUGCAGGAGGUUCUUAAAAAGUCAAAAGAGGAAUAUGAUGAGGAAAUGUCCAGGAGGCUGCUAUUAGAGAAAGAGGUUGGUUCCACCUCCAGUGGCUGCUCUAGUAAGCUAAUGGCAGAGUGUGAUGAAGCCAAGAAUACCUCCUCUGCCCUCAGCCAACACAUCAGCCCUGCCAAGGUCAACAGUAACCCAGUUAGAAAAGAAGGGAGCAAGACAGCUGCUACAGGAGGUGGUGCUGAGAGGAGCAGCUCCUCUAAACCCACAUCAGAUCGUGGUAGUGAUGCUGUGGGAGCCCGAGUUCUGCCAGCUGUGAGAGGUCCCGUGAAGUCUGCUGAGCCCUCCAUCAGCAGCAGUCGUCAUGCCGGGGAGCAGAGCAACAGCAGCCAGACUACAAGCGAGGCGUGGCUGGAGGAAGCACACAGGGAGGCUGGCUUCUCUAAGCCAUAUACUGAGUUAUCAACAUCACAGCAGGAGCAGCUCCAGCAGAGGGCGGCAUAUCUGCGUCAGCAGAGGGACAAGCUCCACGCGCUGCGAAAAGAGCAGCAGAAAACCAAGCAAUCGUCCUUGCCGGAGGAGGCACCCAGCAGCCCCACACCAGCACCCAGCACUACCCCGGAGAUAUCUGCUGAGGAGAGAAAGAAGCUGGAGAAGAGAAAGCACCUUGCUGACAAGCUGAAAGAGGAAGUGAUCAAGAAAUGACUUCCCCUCAAAAUGCAAUAUUCUCCCUUAUAUCUUAUCUAUUUACUCUGGCAAUCAAACACAUGGCUUCCUUUACACUGCUGCAUAUUUCAUAAUGCAAAUCUUUUUUUCCCUUUUUUCUAAAGAUAAAAAUCAUGGGAUCUUCCAUCUUCUGAGUUCUUUUCUGUGUAGCAAAAAGAGCAUCUUUGUUUUUAAAUGACACUCAUUACUCAUAACAGACCACUCGAGUAUUUAAAGGUCUGAUAGCUACUUUCUGUAUUGGACUAAGUUCGGAAAAUCUCAAUUGAGCUAAAGCACACAGGUCUGUGUGCUUCAGUAUAUCAAGCGAUAUCCUGCCAGUGGUACCGAAACCUCUGCUUUUCAUUUGUAGACAGACUUUAAUUAUACUUUGGGGAUCGUGGGUUCAGGAGAAGAGUAGGUUGUCCACUAAUUGCAGGUUUGGUGGUGCAGCCACAACCCCACCACAUGCCAAAGUGUGCUUGGUGAGCAGGACAGUGAACCCCAGUUUCCUCUUGAUGGCAAGGCAGCACCUUACUUGGCAGCUCCACCUGCACUGGUGUGUGAAUGCAUGACUGAGUAUAGUUUCAAAGCACUACUACUUAAAAUGUGCUGUAUAACUGCUACAUUUGUAGACCAUUGGUUCAAAAAGUGGAAUAAAAAAAUGUUUUUUCAGUCUGUACACUACUUUUUAGAAACGUGUAGCCGUGGGACAACAAAUCAGUCCAAACAGGUAUUAAUUAUUUUUGUCAUAAUUUGACAUUUUUAAGCAAAAUUGUGAAGAUUUGAAUAUUUCUUUUGUCACAUACCAAGGUAAACAAGAUAUUUAGACAUUUUGUACUUUUCAAAUAAAAGGGUGUAUACAAAUAGUUUUAUUUUUUCCUCGGUUUUCUAAAAUUGAAAGACAAUUAAGAAAAUAAGCAGAAGAUAUGCAACACUAUGCUCGUCAGUAAUGGCACAAAAUCUUGGUUCAGUUUCUGAAACCCAUUUUGCUACUUUGAAACUAGUCAAUAUGUUUGGAGUGCUGGAUUUGGAUACAGACAUUGGCUGAUUUCUUUCUAGCAACAGUUAACAGUAACUGGCCAUGACGUGAUGAAUCAGAUUUGGGAGGACUCUACACUGAGGUGAAGGCAGUAUUAGUUGGAUCCAGUGCACAGAUUGUUUUUCCACUGUUAGCAUUCCCACAAGGAAGCUGGUACGUCGUUGGCAGUUAAGAGAGCCGUGCAAGUUGUCAUGACCAAUCACGUGUUCAUACAGGGGCCAAGAGAACUGCGCUGCUUUCUGCGAGUGCCGUAUUUAUCUGCAAACCAAUCACGAGUCUUCACUUCAAGCAACCAUAAUGCACCAGUUUAUUUGUAAUGUUGUUAUUGUGUAUGCUGUUUAAUAAAAAAGAUAUUUUUUAGAAAC